GGCCCCGCCCACAACAUCAUGGAAAUAUGAGAAUGAAUAUCCCACGCGCUUUCAUGGGUUCACGUGCUGACCUCGGCGAUUGAGUCCAAACUUUUCUGCUCAGCAUCCAUAUUUGCAUCCCAGGGAGUGGCAGCCCCUAAUCCUCCCUUAGCCUGGGAAGAAAAUUGAAAGUUCGCCGGUCGCCGCACAUCCCUCGGACGCUUUAUUUACGCACAGAAAGCUAAACAUGGAGAGUGACAGCCGCCACUCCCACUUCUAGUGCCUGAUCCAGAAGCCUUCAUCAUCAGGGAGGAGCUCUCAGGUCCUGGCCGUCUUCUCUGCCUCUCUAGAAUGAAUAUGCUCAAGUCCAGCGGACUGAAGAUCCCUGGCCGGGGGCCCAAACAUUCCAGCCCAGUGGGAAGGACCUCAGCGGGAGGAACUUCCAGCCCUGUCGUCCCUAAAGACAACUGUCCACUCAAGCCCACCACACCGACCAAAUUAACCGAGGAGGGCGACGAUGUGUUGGGGGACUACACGGUUGGCGAGCAGGUCUGGGUCAACGGGGUCAAACCAGGAGUUAUCGCCUACCUCGGGGAGACCCAGUUUGCCCCUGGACAGUGGGCCGGCGUGAUCCUGAAUGACCUAGUUGGGAAGAAUGACGGUUCAGUGGGCGGUGUGCGCUACUUUGAGUGCCAGCCACUCCAGGGCAUCUUCACCCGGCCCUCCAAGCUCAACCGACAGCCGGUCGGAGAGGGAAGUGACAGCCUCUCCACCGAGUCACUUUCUGCUCAUAAUCAGAGUUUCCAAGGCGGCGGUGGCACCCUCCAGAGGGUGGUUGUUCCUCUGAGAGAGGGGCUGCUUAACAGCGCAGUGAAGACGGGAAAUGAGUCCGGAUCCAACAUGUCCGACAGUGGUUCAGUGAAGAAAGGAGGCGAAAAGGAUCUGAAAGUGGGAGACAGAGUUUUGGUUGGAGGCUCAAAGAUGGGAGUCAUCCGCUACAUGGGAGAGACAGACUUCGCUAAGGGUGAAUGGUGCGGGGUCGAGCUGGACGAGCCCCUGGGGAAGAACGACGGUGCAGUAGCUGGUACAAGAUACUUUCAGUGUCUUCAAAAGUUCGGUCUGUUUGCUCCAAUCCACAAAGUGAUCCGCAUCGGCUUCCCCUCCACCAGCCCGGCCAAGGCCAAGAAGAGCAAGCGGAUGGCCAUGGGGGUCUCCUCUCUGGCGCACAGCCCCAGCAGCUCCUCCAUCAGCUCAGUCAGCUCGGUGGCUUCUUCUGUGGGCGGACGACCGAGCCGGACCGGACUGCUGACAGAGACGUCGUCACGUUACGCCCGUAAGAUCUCUGGCACUACAGCUCUGCAGGAAGCUCUGAAGGAGAAGCAGCAGCACAUCGAGCAGCUGCUGGCAGAGAGGGACAUGGAGCGAGCCGAGAUGGCCAAAGCAACAAGUCACAUCUCUGAUCUGGAGAGGGAUCUGAACGUGUUCAAGGCCCAACAUGUGCAGUUUGUCACAGAGAAUGAGAGCACCCUGCAGCAGGUCAAAGCCAUGCUGGCCAGCACAACAAAAGACAAACUGGAGCUGGCCAAUCAGCUGGAAGAAGAAAAGAGGAAAGUGGAGGAUCUCCAGUUCAGAGUAGAGGAGGAGUGCAUCACCAAAGGAGACCUGGAGGGAAGAUGCUCUCAUGGUGCAGCAUCCUUGAGGUUGGGUAAGAGAACCAAGCAAACCACGGUUGAGGAGCAGAGUCGCAUAGCGCAGUUGGAGAAGGAGCUCAGCCUCCGGAGAGGCGAGGUUGAAAACCUCAAGUCACAACUCAAAGGAUCGGUCACAACAAACAACGGAGAGGUCGCCCCCGGGUCGGACGACCAGCUGGAGACCGUACGCGAGCACCACAAGGAGAACAACGAGCUGAAAGAGAAGAACCAGGCGGCGGCAGAGAGCCAGCAGGAGAUAGAGUCACUGAAAGCGCUGGUGGAGAAUAAGAGCCAGGAGAUCAGCGAGAUGAGGCAGAAAGCUCAACAGGCCACCAAGGAGAACAUGGACAUGAUGGACACCUGGAAGGCUAAAUUUGACACUUUAGUGAGUGAUCACCAGCGCUCCCUGGAGGAGCUGAAGGCCACACUGAGCAGCGAACAUGCGGCUCCAGAGGGUCAGGAGCAGGACGCCCUGGAGCUGAGAACCGCUCUGGAGAGCCUGAAGUUGGAGCACCAGCUGGAGGUGGAGAACCUGAAGGCCAAACACAAAAUCGAAGCUGCCAUACUCACCAAGGAGCGUGAAGACCUCUGCUCUCGUCUGCAGGAGGCCAAAGAGCAGCUGGCAGAGGGAAACCAGGCUUCAAGGACCGAGGCACAGGCUAGAAGUGGAAAACAGGCGCUGGAGGAGGCUACAGAUAAGCUACAGAAGGCAGAGCAGAGGCUCGCAGAGAUGGAGAAGCAUCAGAUGGAGCGAGACAGAUGCACAGAGGAGUUGAGAGAGAGGCUGGAGCUGUCAGAGAAGAAGAUGAUGGACUACCAGGCUCUGCAGAAAGCUCAGGCCGAGAGCCAGGGGGAGAUUCAGAAACUGGAGGAGAAGCUGAGGGUGACGGCCAACCAGCUCCAGGCCAUCCAGUCUGACCGCUACACAUCCCACGAUGCAAAUGUGAUAGAGGAUAAUGAAAUAUCAGACGAGAAGAUGAAGCUCAAACAGAACUUUGAAGAAACAAUGGAGAAGCUGCUGAAAAGGGAAAAAGAAGUGUCGACCCUCACGUCCCAGAUCGAAGCCCUCAAAUCCCAGACGGGAGCUCUGGAGAGCAAAGUCCGCUCUGGGGAGAAGAGAGCUGAAGCCUUGACCAGAGAGAAUGCACGUGUGGAGGCCGAGCUGGAGUCCAUGACCAAGAAGUCCCAUGAUGCCUCUGGGCAGCUGGUCCACAUCAGCCAGGAGCUGCUGAAGAAGGAGAGGAGUCUGAAUGAACUAAGAGUGCUGCUCCUGGAAUCACAUCGUCACUCUCGGGACAUGGACAAAGACCUGAACCGAGAAGUGCACAAAGCCGAGUGGAAGGUCAAAGAGCAGAAACUUCAGGAAGACAUCAAGACGCUGCGCGAAAAGCUGCUUCUACUGGGUCGUGAACGGUGCUCACCGGACCACCGGCGGUACUCCAUGCUGGACCCCUCAGCCCUGGACUCCGAGGUGAGCCGCCUCCGCCAGCGGCUGCUCAGCACCGAGGAAGCCCUGAGGAACGCCCUGGAACACAACCAGCAGGUCGACCAGCUGGUGCUGGCAAUGCGCAAGCAUCCAGAGAAAAGCCCGGCCCAUGGAGCAAAUUCAGCCAAUGGGAUUCAUCAUCAGGAGGCAAACAUCACCCAAGAUGUUGGAACAACACUGAUAUGAGCAGAAGAGAUCAGACUGAGCUGGGACACACAGAGACUCAUACGACAUUUCUUUUCAAUUCUGUGAUGGACACCUGAAGAAAAUUUCCGUUUACACUUAAAACCAAAACAGCGAAUCUCUAUCCUGAGUGAAUUUACGUGUUGUUGCAGAUCGCUUCUAUUAGCCAAUCAAGAAGACCGCUUAAAGUACUACAAAACAUAAACAAGAACCGGGACAUGGACUUGAAGAGGUACUAUCAGUACAGCUCCUGAGAACAAACAACAUGGCAACUUUUGAUGCUUUACAUUAGUUAGAAAGUCUGAAUCUACAAGUUGCCGGGAACUCUGUGACACAUCUGAGUUUGUGAUCCGAGGGCGAAAACAGCUGAUGGGUGAUCAUCGAAGAACUGAGGGACGGGGUCUUUUCUUGUCUUUGUCUUUAUUUAUUACUGUUACUUUGCUCCUCAGCGUUGUAAUAACCCUUUAUUAUGGGUGAGCUGUUUUGGCCAGUAAAACUCUGUCGCUCUUUUUUAAGGGAGUUUGAUUCACUUAUCACUUUAAUAAAUGACCUGAUGAAAGAAUCAGUAGAUUACUCAUGAUAUUAAAACUUCUGUGAGGAACUUUUAGUCGUUUAUCAACUGACUGAAAUUCAUACUGAUGCUUCUGUUUGACCUGCAUGAGCAAAUAAGACCAUUAGCCACAAGACUGAGUAUUUCUCUUCAGUUAUAUCUAAUGCCUGAAAUUGCUGGUACCUGAAAAAGUGUUUUUUUUUUUCUUUUACAUUUCUGCAAACAUUCAUUUGAAUGCUACAUUUGACGUACAUUUAAAGACGAGAAGAUGAGAUUUAGUUUAGUUAAGAAACACAAAUAACACAUCACCAGGAGACGAGAGGCACUGCUUUAUCCACAGGGGGCGCCAAAAUCAAGACAAACAGAAAGUCUCACACGGGAGCUUUGAGGUGAUUGUAUGUGAUAUCAGUUAUUGGGGUUACAAUAUGCUACCACUCCUUUCAGAGAACAAAACUAUCAAAAGGUUUUCAUUUGAGUAUAUAUUGAUUUGAUUUGUUAACAUUUUUACAGUUCAAAAGCAUCCAUCAGACCAGUUUUUAAGUAUAAUUCACAUCUACAAUCUAUUCUAAAUAUGAGUCUUUCCACCAAGAUGAAGAGAAUGAUCCCCCCUCUCUCACAUGUUGUUAAAUGAAUGUUUUGAUUCUUAAGAAGAUAAAUAAAUAAGUGCUUAAAAAAAAUGAUCUCUCGUAAUAAAGUCCGAAACAGAAAGAGACCCUGUUCUCGUCAGAUUAAAAUCAGGAGCAACUCUUUAAUUCACCUUUAAUAUCCUGAAUAAAUAUUUCCUCCUUCCGAUCACAGUUGUAGAUUGUUGUAAGCAGAACAGUGGGUCUAAUAGUAGUGAGUAAAAAGAGGAGGGUGGAGGGUUUCUAUUCUGCAUUUUGAGUCAUUUGACAUUUUAACCUCAGGGUGUAUUUUUAAAUAACUCUGUACAUACACCAGGUGUAAUUCUGAAUGCAGGACUUUAAUUUGUAUUACUGUAUAAGUGAUACUUCCACCACAGUCAUGUUCAUUUAAAACACACUGAUAAAAAGGACAUUACAUUUGAAUGCCAUGUAAAUGUAACCUAUUUUAUUUACCCUUUGUUACUUCAACUUUUUUUGUGCUAUUUAUUAUAUUUUAUACUAAUGAAUCCACUGUAGAGGAUAAUACUCUCAGUCCGUCCUCUCUCCAGGUUAUGGUUAAACCUCUUGUGGGGAGCUUUCUAUUUGUCUCAUUUUGGCGCCCCCUGUGGACAAAGUGAUACCUGUAUCUUUGCUGGUUUCUUUUUUUUCUUCACUGUGCUGUUGAUCGUUUCGUCUAAUGCCUACCCUUCUUGGCACUCAAAGCCAUUACAUGCAUUGAAAACUACCAAGUGGAAUUGGUUCAUGUUUUCUCUUGAUGGUCUAGUUUGCUUUUGUAGGUCAUAAUGAUGCAUCACUGUUAGCCUCACAGGAGCAUUGAGUUGAUAUUAGACCAAACUCCUUUUGAAAAAUGGUCAAUUUUUAGCCAUUGCACAUUGCUGGACUCCCUGCUGGGACUCAAGAUGAAUAUGAAUGAAGCUGGAAGGAAGGGAUCUGCUGAAUCCAGCUCAGAGUCCUGUGACUGUAUGUUUAUAGAAUGAAUAUAGUGAAUUAUCCCAGACUUUUGUGUUCUCCUAUCUGUCUGACCCUCUAUGAAUACACCUCUUACUCGAUCAGUUGUUUCAUUUACGCUGGACCAUAAAACAUAAACACAGACUCCACUGACACUAGUAUUAUUAAUUACAUAUGGUACAUGAUAGCAGCCCUAUUUGAGCCCAUUAAAAUGCUGUAUUUAAAUGUCCUUGGAUUACAUUCCUCACCUUUUGUUAAGCUACUGAAGGGCUGUCACAGGAGCUAAAACCCAAACAAUGGAUGUAAGAUGUUUCAGUAAACAUCUGGAUUUCACUUCAAAACGAUGAAUUUAUACUAUAAGUCUUCCAGGUAUUGUUUCAUCCAUGUGUUGACUAAACUAAGAGAACCUGUUUGCAGCUUCUUUUGCUUCACUGAAGACAUUACACAGAGGUGAGCAGCGUUAAAGGCUUGGGUUUCCUGAGCUGAACAUGCAGGGCAGGCGCUGGUUAGCUAAAGCUGGUAAGAUAAAGCUGAAAUUUUUCAUUGGAUAUUGUACAUGGCCUUUUCAGCUGGAGGGUUCAUACCCUUUGGAUUAUUGCUGCAAUGGUUUCGGAGAUUGAGUCAUUAAAUAUUAACAAUGUUG